AUGAUUCAAAAUACGGUACAUAAUCUAACAUUAGAACAAAUAAAAUUUCUUAAUCGUGGUCCAACUUAUGUACCACCAUGUCAACUACAUAUUUUAACAAAAUCAUCUUUUACAUUAGCACAACUUGUCACAAAACAAAUGAUACCUCUUCGACGACAUCUUACUAAACUAUUUACAAAAUAUUCUGUAGAUUUAUCGAGACGAAUGAAUUUUGAAAAAGAAAUACAGCUUGCUUUUAAUGAAUCAUUCCUUGCACAAAUACCUCCAAUGCUAGAAUAUCGUGCAUUAUAUGAAAAACAAAUUAUUCAAUCGAUUCAAUAUCAAUUAAAUAAAGAUCAUCUUAUACUUAGACGAACAGCCGAUGACAAGAAUACAUAUUAUCUUGGACAUUUAGAUGAAUUUCAAGAAAAAUCAAAUGAAUAUAUUGAAAAUUCAAAUUCUUUUGAAUUUAUUGCUAUAAUUGAUGAAAAUCAUACAGAAGAACAACAAUUGAAGGAAGUUAUUCAAUCCCUUGAUGUAGAAUUUGAUAAACUGUAUCAAAGAAAAUUAAUUAAUAAAGAUUAUCAAAUGAAAUUUAGUAUAAGUAAGAAAACAAAUAUUAAACUACCCAAUGUUUAUUUCUUACCAAGAAAAGAUCAAGAUGAUAAUCUAUUGGUUGAACCACGAUUUUCAUCUUUUAAAAAUACUCCAAUUGAUGUAUUGGCUAAUUAUCUUGACGAAAUUCUACGUCCAUUAUUUGAAAAUUAUUCUCGUUCAACUACUUUUCUUAAUGGUGGAGAUUUUAUACAAAAACUUGAUUAUUACAGUACACAACAAAAUCUUCUUAAGCCACAAACUAAUUUUGCAUCAUUUAAAAUUCAUAAUCUGUCUAUGAAUGUAUCACAUUCUUCACUACUUCGUACACUAGGUACAUUUUUAGAUAGUCCAUUAGUUGAUAAUCGAUUUUACAAAUUAUCAAGUGAAGGUAUUGAAGAAUUGAUAGCACUUGUGUUAAAGAAUAUGUUCUUUACAUUUAACAAAAAGCUCUAUCGAGUUACAAAAGGAUGCCCGUUAAAUUUACCAAUUACAGAUCUAUUAUGUAAUAUUUAUUUACAUGAUUGGCAAAUGUCUUUAGUUCGGCAAAUACGUUUGAAAGAUUCAUUCUAUGGUCGUUAUCAUAAUAUAGGCUUUUUCACUUGGAACGCUUCAACUGAUUAUCUAGAAAGAUUAUUCGAUCAACUUCAACAAACCUUAGAUUCUGAUAUUAAACUAACAACCUUUACUGACACUCGUGUCGAAUUUCUUAACGCUGUCAUUGAAAAUACAAAAGGAAUUCUUGAAACACGUGUCUAUCAUAAUCCAAACGAACAACCAUUUCUAUUACCUUAUGCUAAGAAUCAUCCACGAUUACGACAUCGACAAUGGUUUCGAUAUGCUCUUAUACGUGCUGGUCAAUAUUGUAGUUCAUUUGAAGAUUUUGAAGACGAAAGACGGUACAUCGAAAUGACAUUUCUUACAAAUGGAUAUUCAUUAGAUUUUGUCGAAUACCAUCUGCGACAGUUCUAUUCGAAAUUUUUUCGUAGUGAAUAUCAAAUUAAAGAUAUUAAUCGUCAUACAUAUAGAAUACUUCGUCGUGAAUUAUUUCGUCUAGUUGAUGAACAAAAACGAGAACUCGUAGAAGUACAACAGUUACAAAAGAAUCAUCAACUAAUUGAUUUACAUUAUUUAUUUGACUGGGGUUCUCGAUGUCAAUUCAAUGAAAAAUUCUAUAAACUUUGGUCUAGUAUAAUUAAUGAAGAUCAAAAAUUUAAAAAAUUUGGCUUAAAAAUUAAUCUCAAUUCCAAGCAUUGUUAUUCAUCCAAUAUGAUUUUAGCUCGAAUAAGAAAGGACAUAUAG